GACUCCAGGUGAGGGUAAAUGGUUGCUGAUUGUUGGACUCCAGGUGAGGGUAAAUGGCUGCUGAUUGCUGGACUCCAGGUGAGUGUAAAUGGUUGCUGAUUGUUGGACUCCAGGUGAGUGUAAAUGGUUGCUGAUUGUUGGACUCCAGGUGAGGGUAAAUGGUUGCUGAUUGCUGGACUCCAGGUGAGGGUAAAUGGUUGCUGAUUGCUGGACUCCAGGUGAGUGUAAAUGGAAGCGUGUCGGAACCAGAAAGAAGAAGAAUGGUUCUCGGUGCACCUGCCUACUUCCCACGCGUCCGGACUUCAAAUUGCUUUGAGCGCCUGUACCAGCUGUCUUCUGCCUGGGGAUUGGGUCGGGAUCCCUCCAUGGCUGUGGGUGUCCCUCCAGCUACCUCUCCCUGUCCUGUCUUCUGCCCGGGGAUUGGGUCAGGAUCCCUCCAUGGCUGUGGGUGUCCCUCCAGCUACCUCUCCCUGUCCUGUCUUCUGCCCGGGGAUUGGGUCGGGAUCCCUCCAUGGCUGUGGGUGUCCCUCCAGCUACCUCUCCCUGUCCUGUCUUCUGCCCGGGGAUUGGGUCGGGAUCCCUCCAUGGCUGUGGGUGUCCCUCCAGCUACCUCUCCCUGUCCUAGUCAAUCAACUGCCUGGACACAGCCUGGACCACCGUGGCCCUCCUCUGCUGGGCCAUGCUCUUUGGAUCAGAGCUCUGUCCCUUUGGCUGUUGUGUCCUGCACACAGCCUGAACCACCACUCUCUGGAUCAGAGCUCUGUCCUUUUGGCUGUUGUGUCCUGCACACAGCCGGCAUCUCAGUAGCCUUCUUCUCAGAAGCCUCGUUGACUUGAACCAGCAACCUAGCCGAUACAGGACCAGGAGACCAGUCAACUCAUUAGUUUCUGCGCCGUAGAGUUGGGGACCUCUUUGACUGUGGUAACGAUGCCGGCAGAAACGCGUGUCACCGUGGACGGGACCUGCCAGGCUCUGUGCCAAACCCUGGUCUCUCAGAACGGGAUCCAGAGAGACACGGCUGACAUCUCCAAGUCUCUCCUCUACACAUCACUGAUGGGGCUGCUACUGGUUGUAGACAAAGAGAAAGAAAAGCUCAAGGUUGGGAGUGGAAGAGUCGGCCUUCGUAACGUAGGAAACACGUGUUUUCUGAAUGCGGUGGUUCAGUGUCUAUCUCACACCAGAGGUCUGAGGGACUACUGUCUGGUCAAAGCCUACAGACAGGAGAUGUGCAGUAGAGAGGAACCACACCUCAUGGAGGCAUUCUCCCAGGUGCUGUUGAGUCUCUGGGAUGUGAACGAAGAAAACCAUAACACAGAAGUGAAUCCUGGGAAGUUCUACAGCAUCUUCAAAGACGCGGUGCCUUACUUCAGCGGAUACAGCCAACAGGAUGCUCAGGAGUUUCUGAGGUUCUUAUUGGACAGGCUUCACUGUGAGAUCAACCGCCGGCCGUACGUCCGGCUCACCAGCCUGGAGCCUGAACCCAAAUGCACCACAGUCAGGAUUGACGAGCAGGCGUCUGCAAUGUGGAAGAGACACCUGGAGAGGGACGACAGUAAGAUCGUAGAUCUGUUUACAGGUCAGCUGCGUAGUUCUCUUCACUGCUCGGUGUGUUCUCACUACUCCACCUGCUUCGACGUCUUCUGCGACCUGUCUCUACCCGUCCCUAAGAGGAGUGCAACAGGGGGCGGGUCUCUGAGGGAGUGUCUUGAUCUGUUCACACAGGAAGAGAAGCUGGACAAGGAGAACACUCCCAUGUGCGAGAGGUGUAACAGACGGACAGAGAGCACCAAGAGGCUGACCAUCCAGAGAUUCCCACAGGUCAUCGUCAUGCAUCUGAACCGGUUUGCCAUGUCGCGGUAUAUGGUGUGUAGGAGUACAGUGUGUGUCUCCUUCCCUCUGACCAGCCUGGAUAUGGGGCCCUACGGACCGGUCGACUGUGGUCCUGUGUUGUAUGACCUGUAUGCAGUGUGUAACCACAGUGGGACAGUCAACAUGGGCCACUACACAGCCUGUUGCCUGGAGAACGACGGAUCGGGAUGGUGCUGUUACAACGACUCCUGUGUGACUCCUAUAUCAGAGAACCAACUGCAGUCUGCUCAGGCCUACGUCCUCUUCUACCAACGCAGGAAGUGAACCAUCGGGCAGCCAAUCACUACAGCUGUAACUGCAAGCAUAGCAUUCAGCAGCCAAUCAGAAAAACUGUUACUACAAGCAGAGCUUUCAGCAGCCAAUCGCUAAAGCUGUUACUACAAAUGGAAUAUUACAAACAGCUGUGAUGUAGCGCUAUUGUAACCAAGCAACCAGCAUCUCAACCAACUGGUCUGAUGUUGGACUACUUGAGGAUUGAGUGAGUCUGGGACAAAGACCGCACAAAGGCAUAGAAAGACAGAAGAAUGAAAUAGACGGCUUAGGUGAGGAGAAAGAAGACCAGUGUAGGAGUGUUCAGUGUUCAGACAGUUAUCACUGGACACACACACACAGCUUGGGUGAGGUGAGGAGAAAGAGAAGACCAGUGUAGGAGUGUUCAGUGUUCAGACAGUUAUCACUGGACACACACACACACAGCUUGGGUGAAGUGAGGAGAAAGAGAAGACCAGUGUAGGAAUGUUCCUAGCCAGCUCAGCUAGGAGCGUGUGUGUAGACCUUCAGUUCAAACAGACAGUUAUCACUGGACACACACACACACACACACACACACACACACACACAACCAUGAGGAAACAUGUCAACAAACAUGUUAUCGGACACUAUUAACUUAACUUAGUGCUACACACUAACCAACUAACCAACUAUCAGACAGACCGCUUUACAGAGAAGCCUUCAGAAUGUGUUAUAAUAGUCUAGACGACAUCUGUACUGGUAGAAACAUCUGUACUGGUAGAAACAUCUGUACUGGUAGAAACAUCUGUACUGGUAGAAACAUCUGUACUGGUAGAAACAUCUGUACUGGUAGAAACAUCUGUACUGGUAGAAACAUCUGUACUGGUAGAAACAUCUGUACUGGUAGAAACAUCUGUACUGGUAGAAACAUCUGUACUGGUAGAAACAUCUGUACUGGUAGAAACAUCUGUACUGGUAGAAACAUCUGUACUGGUAGAAACAUCUGUACUGGUAGAAACAUCUGUACUGGUAGAAACAUCUGUACUGGUAGAAACAUUCAUGAGUAGAAAGUUGCUUUUUAUUUUUAUGCUGCUGAAAAUAUAUAUACAUUUUUAUAAAACACCAACUAGGUGUAGGUGCAUCAAAGGGGUGUUUGAGCAACAUUUUUCUAAAUUAACAAUUAUUUAAAUGAUAAUUUCUUUACAUAAUCACUUGUUUUUUUUUUUUUAAAUAAAACUG